AUGCUGGAAUUUGGUCUUGGUUCAAGUGACACCUAUACCUGGGUUCUUCAAACUGUUCUUGAACCAUCAAAGGAAACCAGACCAGCUGUUCUUGAACCAUCAAAGGAAACCAGACCAGCUGUUCUUGAACCAUCAAAGGAAACCAGACCAGCUGUUCUUGAACCAUCAAAGGAAACCAGAUCAGCUGUUCUUGAACCAUCAAAGGAAACCAGACCAGCUGUUCUUGAACCAUCAAAGGAAACCAGACCAGCUGUUCUUGAACCAUCAAAGGAAACCAGACCAGCGGAAACCAGACCAGCUGUUCUUGAACCAUCAAAGGAAACCAGACCAGCUGUUCUUGAACCAUCAAAGGAAACCAGACCAACUGUUCUUGAACCAUCAAAGGAAACCAGACCAGCUGUUCUUGAACCAUCAAAGGAAACCAGACCAGCUGUUCUUGAACAUUCAUAG